AUGACCUCGAAAAGCGUGCACUUCACGAAAGGCAGCUACUUGGUAACCAUUCAAACUUUCCCAGCUUCUUACAUGUCAAGAAAACGUCGAAUUUACACAACCCCUACUUUCACAGCAGUACCUUCGUGCCAGUCUACAUUAUUUCCAUUUCUUAAUCUUCAAAAUGUUCAUACAACCCACCCAAUUAAGCACGAAUCUUCCAAGGCUGGUAACGAAUUUCCCCCGCUCAGCCGCUUCACACCGAUCCAGAUCAUAGGCUUCUUCAUCAUCGUCGCACUAUUGGUGGUCAUCGCUUAUUUAUGUUGUGCAAGCUCAGAGGAGUCGGGCGGCGGAGGAGGAGAUGAAGGCCAGGAGGAAGAGAAGAAACCGGAAGAAGCGCCAGAGGAGGAGGAGGAGGAGUCAAAGCCGGGGCCUGCUCCAAGCCGAAACUACUAUUUCUACUAG